GCAAUAAUGGGACUAAGGCAAUGUAUACUUGGGCUUUUAGUGUUGGUUGCAUUUGAUCAUGUGUACAGUACCAGCCUAAAGGCUAGGGCAUUUUGGCCCCGGGUGCUGAUGCAAAAGCCUCAAAAAGAUGAUUCUCAUCUUAGGGAGCAGCAGAAACCAAUCCAAGCCCCUUAUGGAGUUCAAUCUCAGAGGCCCCAGCUGGCCCCGCUGAUUCCAAAUCUAACGCCUUCAAGUAUUCAGUCUAAACAAGAGUUGCAGGGCCCAGUCAGGGAGCUGACCUGGAAGUUCCCAGUGACCCCAGAAGAGCCAGCACAGCCAGAUUUUAAUUCAGAGUUUCAGCAGCCUAAUCCUUCUAACAGCUUAGCAGUCCAGUGUUGGGAAGAUGGGGUACACGUGGAAGUGAAGCAGGACUUCUUUGGUACUGGUCAACUCCUUGAGCCCUCUCUUAUGUCCCUAGGGAGCUGUGGUGUUGUGGACAUAGAUGCAGUUGCCAGAGUCCUCAUCUUUCAUUCGGCGCUUCAGGAGUGUGGUGGCGAGACAGUUGUGACUGAAGAUGAGCUUGUGUAUAUCUUUACUCUUGAUUAUAGACCAACAGCACUACAGAGUACUCCAAUUGUAAGGUCUAGUGGUGUUACAAUUGGCAUUGAAUGCCACUACCCCAGGAGACAGAAUGUGAGCAGUAAUGACCUGGAGCCAACGUGGAUCCCGUUUAUAUCCACCAAGGUUGCAGAGGACAUUCUGGUUUUCUCUCUGAAUCUCAUGACUGAUGACUGGAUGUUUGAAAGGCCUUCGAAUGUUUUCUUCCUGGGUGACAUCUUGAAUAUUCAGACAUCUGUGAAGCAGUACAACCAUGUUCCCCUUCGUAUAUUUGUGGACAACUGUGUGGCCACUGCAGGCCCUGAUGUGAAUUCCGCUCCUACGUAUUCUUUUAUUGAAAAUCAUGGUUGCCUCACUGAUGCAAAGUAUACAGACUCCAGCUCCAACUUUCUACCCCGGGUGCAAGAUGACAAACUACAAUUUCAGUUAGAGGCUUUCAGAUUCCAGCAGGAAAGCAGUGGUGCUCAGAUUUACAUCACCUGUCUUCUAAGAGCAAGUGCAGCUUCGUCUCAGAUUGAUGAGGAUCAUAAGGCUUGUUCUUUUAGAACAAACGGAUGGGUCUCUUCUGAUGGAGGUGAUCAGGUGUGUGGCUGCUGUGACACAAGCUGUGGAUUGAGGACGGAUAGUGUGUUAUCCAAAGUUUUAGGUUUCCAGUGGGAGGGAAAAGCCCAAGUUGGUCCCCUUCAGGUCUGGGAGAGCCAAAGUCAAGCAAAAAAUGUAGUUUAAUUGUUUUGUUUUUAAAUAAAUAUUUAAGUAGUC